AUGGCAUCGAUGCAGGAGUCAGAUAUGCACGAGAAGGACAUGGCGGAGCGUUUGGUGGCGAUAGACGCAAUGGAUCCUUUGAGUAGGUAUAAGCAUGCGGUGCAGCAAAGGUUGGAUAAUGCGGAGCUUGCGGUGAGCAAGGUGGUAUACGAAAACACGUUGUUGAGCCAGCAGUUGAGUACGAAAGAUCAAGAAAUUAAGAGGUUGAGGGAGCAGGUGCUGGAGUUAGAGGAGGAUGGGAGACAGAUUGAUGAAAAGAGGCGGCAGUUGCAGGAAGAGGCGGAUAUUCUUAAGGAUUUGUUUGAACAUUUGUGUGGGGUACGCGUGCACAAGUCGUAUGAGGAUGAGACUGGGUUGUGGUUUGAUACGUCGCAAGGGAGUAAGAAUGGAGUAAUGGAUUAUAAGUUGGGUUUUGUGAAAAAUUCAGAGACAUUGGAUACAGAAGUUGUCUACAUUCCGUUGUUGAAACGCCGAAGCGUAUCAGAAUUAAAGCACUUGCAAGCACAGUUGCCCGGUUAUAUGUUUGAUACAUUGAGUUUUCCUUUGAAGUCCUUGAGUCAAUUUUAUAAUAAGGUAUCGAAGUGUCUAAAUAAGGGUUCCAGUGCAGUGGCUACGUAA